AUGCACUCCAUGUAUUCGUCCAAAAAAGGCGAUCCUCUCUGCCCUUUGGGCUUUCACCCGCAAGUUCGGUGGCCGACGCGUUGUAAACGCUGCUUCAGGGACUACAAAGAGCAUGGCGGCAGGAGAAACAGUCUCGGAGACAUCACGACUUCGUCUCCCAGCCUCUCGUCGGACUCGACGCGUGGCUCCGAGAGCAAAAGGACGUGGUCUUCCGCUACGAACUUGGCGAAAGAUGAAACCAAGAAUAAUUAUUCACAGCCGGCAGCAACGGCUGGUUGGACAUCCCUGAUGGAUCUCUCUACCAUAGAUACGGAUGCGGACGAAAGCCACAAAUUAGAGGACAUUAGGAGGCCAGCGAAGCUGCAGAUAAGAAAUGUGAUAAGCAACAGCAACGAAGGCGCCUCGGAGAACGACGUUGAAUUUAUAAUUCAGGUAAGGAAAUCACGGCCGGCACCGCCGAAACAGGUGGUCCAGGACGGACUGGACAAUGUCACGGUAAAAGGACAGGAUGCCGAGGAGAAUGAGAUAGAGAAAUUGCGGUCUCAGUUGAGUAAUAUGAAGGCGAGGUGCGAGAAGGCGGAGAAGGAAAAGAGCGAAAUACUGAUGCGUCGUUUGGCGACUAUGGAGACGAUGUCGAACAAGACAUCGGCGAGUGAAGUGCUGAAGCUGCAGAAGAAGAACGAAGUACUUGCACAAGAGAAGAACGUGUUGCUGGCGAGAAUAAAAGAUCUGGAAAAAGAAGCGAGUGUUAAACCACACAGAGGAGAGAGGGAUAAAGCGCACGACGACUUGCGAUCGAAGUUGAAAGCUGCGGAAAAUCUCUGCGAGAACUUAAUGGACGAGAACGAGGACAUGAAGAAGGAGAUCAGACAAUUAGAGGAGGAGAUCUAUGAACUGCAGGAUAAUUUCAGGGAUGAACAAGCAGACGAAUAUACGCGUUUGCGAAAAAGUUUGGAGCAGUCCAACAAAAAUUGCCGGAUAUUGUCGUUCAAACUGAGAAAAGUAGAGCGCAAAGCCGAAGAAGUAGAAAACGAGCGAUCCGCUUUGGAAAAAAAGUACGAAGAGGUAAAGAAAACAGAAGAAGUUCUGCAGAAAGUAAGCAACGCAUUCCAGAAUAGAACGCAAAAGAAGCCAACGGACCUCACGACGAAAGUGCAACUUAAAAAGAUGGUUGACGAGGUGGAGAAAGAAAUAGAAAACAUGCUCGGUAUUUUUACUAACAUAAAAAAUGGACAUAAUGUGGACAUACCAGACAUAAAACCGAAGGAAAAUAACUUGAAAUAUGACAAGCUUCUGAAAGAACACGAGUUGCUUAAAGAAAAAUUCGAGACUACUGUAAAAGAAUUGACCAACGAGAAAGAAAAGAAAAAAGCACAAUCGAAUGUACAAGUGGAAGACACGAAAAACGUGGAUUUACAAAAUGUGAAAAGAAAACUGGAGGAAGAACUUGCUUUACAGGAAACUGAGAGAAAAGCAUGGGAGAAAGAAAAAUUAGCGCUUUCAGAUGAAAAGGAUAAAUUGAAAUCUAAACUUUUAUCGCUAUCUGCUGAGAAAUUGAGAGUUUACAAUGAGGUUGUACAACUAAAGAAAGACCUCGAAACGGCUAAGACGUCGGGAAAAGAUACAGCAAUGAUGCAGACAACAAUAAACGAAUUGAACGAAAAGCUCUCUCAAGAAGAAGAAAAAUGUAAAAGACUACAGGAUGAUUUGUCAUCAUACACCGAGAGAGAAUCAAAACUCACACAAUCAAUGACAUCUGUUGAACAAACAAAAUCCAAGCUCGACGUUGAGGUGAAACGUUUAAAGAAGGAAUUGGAGAACACAAAAUCCUCCACGUCAACAAAAAUUAUGGACUUAACCGCUGAAGUUACAAAAUUCAAGCAGGAAAGUGCAAAAUUAACAUCGCAGCUUGACAAUGAAAAAGAAGCGAAAGAAGCUGAAAUAGCAGCUCUCAAUAAGAAGAUAACUUCCUUGGAAAAGUCUGGACAGAACACAAAACGCUUGAACGAGAUGAAGCAGACAUACAAUGAGAAAAUCUUGAAUCUCGAGAAUGAGAUAAAGAAACAUGAACAAAAACAUGAGACUUUAACAGAAAAGUAUCAAGAGCUUAGCAGCUCAAAGCUACAACUUGAAAGGGAAAAUGAAUCUCUGAAUAGCGAAUGUUCGAAGCGUAAGAAGGAUUUAAAUAAUAUUCAAGCGGAACUCGAAGAACUGCGUAAUUCGAUAAGAGCAAAAGAGAGCGAAUGGCGAUUGGAGAAAACUUCUUUCGAAAGCCAGAUUCGCGAGAGCCAAUUGCCAAACAAACUUAUUAUAACCGAACUGAACAAUGAAAUCAAUACGUUCAAGAAGGAAAAUGCCACUCUACUUGAACGAUUGGAAGAUACGAAGAAAAUAAAUGACGAUUUGUCUGCAAAAUUAAAAGAUUACGAAGCGGUCUCUAAAAUUCAUCAAGUGUUGAUACCCGACACGACAGCGCUGGAAUCAGAAAUUCAAAAAUUAAAGAACGCCCUGACGAAUACGGAGAAAGCCAAGAAGACAGACUUGGCGCAAUGUAAAAUGCGCUACGAGCACAGAAUCACAGCGAUUAACGACGAAAUUCAAGCGAUCCAGAGCCAAUUGUCGCGUUACAAACGAGAACGUGAUACUUACAAACACAUGUUGGAAGGUGCGCAAAAAACAAUAGGAGAGCUAAAGUCUACGAGACAAGGCAGGCUAUCCAGUGCAUCUUCUGGAAAGUCGGACGAGGAUGAAGAAUCAUCAAGUAAAAAUAUAUUAGUACUAGAAAAACAGAUCACUUCUAUGGAAGAUGAGCUUUCCGAAAUAAAGCUUGAAGCUUCUAGACUGAAAGCCGAAUUGGUUUCGGAAAAAUCUGCUAGUCACGUUAAGGUCUCCGAGUUGCAAUCUCGAAUCAAUGAGUUGGAGGAAGAACGAUUGCUGACCAGCGGUCGUUCAAAAAUUCCUGGAUUAAAGGUGCGAAUGGAAUUAGCUUGGCAAAAAGAGAGACAAGAACAUCAAAGAUUACUUCAGGAAACAGCAACGUUAGCGAGGGAUUUGAGGCAAACGUUAUUCGAGAUAGAAAGAGAGCGCAGUAAAGAACGACUUGAAAAUAAGAGGAGACAAGAUCAGUUGAAGAAAGUAUUCGAUGAAGAAAAAGAAGAAAAUAAGAAGAAAUUAUCGGAGUUGCAAUGCGAUUUACUCGAGCUGAGAGACGCACACGCGAAAUUAAGAACAAGCAACGAGAAAAUGAGACGCGAAAAGGAGCGACAUGAGAAGGAGAGGCAGGAACUCAAAGAUGUGAUAUUGAACAAAUGUAAAUUGGAGCAAACCGAGCUGCGAAACAUCAACAUUCUUAUGCAACAGGUUGAAGAUCUACUACAACUCUUCCCCGAAUUAACUGACUCUAUAGCGGAGAAUGGAACGACUGACGUUUACACGCCAACCCCGCCGAGACGAUUGAAGGGACCAAAAUCAAGAGAGUCGUCACCAAUGUUGGAAACAAAGAGUGACGUAAAAGUUACCCCUAUACUCGGAGAAAGGACAGAGAAAUUAGAAUACACCAUUAGAAAAUUAAUGGACGUAGCAAAGGAACUUAAGGAGUCGAAGAAAGUGACGGACGAAGCGAACGCAACACGACUGAAGAAGAUGGGAAAGAGAUCGACGUCGGUUGAAAGCGAUCCAGGAAAAGGAGUAGUUUUGAAUCGCAGUAAACCGCGUUUAAAGAGGAAGAGUCUCUCUUUGGAACAAACAACGUCUGGGCGUCAAGAGUCUCCAGCUAUUUGGGGCACGGACAGCAACAUGUCGAGCAUGCAAUCGUUGGAGGGAUCGGAAGCAGGAUCUCGCGGAGUUAGUCGACAGAGGGAUUCCAGUGUAGACAGCCGUCUCUCCGGAGGGUCGACAAAGAGCGAAAUGUUAGAGCGCGAUAGAAAGUACGGCAAAGGUAUAAUACGAAAAUUAACGCACAAAUUGACGAAAUCGUCCAGCGUCGAUGACCCAAACAUGACUGACUAUUCCCUUCAGACGUCCGGUUCUGAGACCAGCAUUAAUGAAAGCACUAAAUUGGAGAAGAAGAAUCUAAAGAAGAAAUUAACAGCAAUGUUCAAGAGAGGUUCGAGAAGCAGCAGUCUAGAUAAAAAGAUUGGAUCCGGGAAUUCUAGCAGGCCUGCUUCGAGGAACUCCAUGACAUCGGACUAAAAUAAUGCCAUAUCGUCUGCACAAUCUCGUUCAGGGACUGCACACUUCAACUGAAGACUUCACUACUAUUUUCCAAGAGAGGAUAGCAUUGCAUUCGAUGACGCUGCGAUGAAAAGGCAGACUGCUCAAAUUCGUACUUAAACACCAUGAUGCAUCGAGUUCAAUUCUCACGACAAGUAGAAGCGACACGUGUACGUGUGUGUUCUUGUUGAUAACGCGUAAUCACGAGGGUUAUCCUUAAACCAGAAUAUCUGUAUGGUCAUGAUGUCCGAUAGAGAGUAGAUCUCGUGUUGAUACAUUCGCUUUAUGCUAUUUUUUACGCGAGUGUGAGUCUACGCGAUGGUUCUCGCCGCGGAAAUAUGCGCCAAUCGCGCGAAUCGAAAACGACUCGUGUAUGAUCGUGAAUGUGUGCAAACUGUAAUGUGCAAUACCCACCAAAGAUUUUUGGAAAAUAUAAUAUUGAAAUUUCACUGAUUA